AUUGACCGCCUUGGGGCUGCAGUGCAAAGAGGAAAGGGACCAGAUGGUCGCUUUCGGGUUUGGUUGGUUGCUUUUCUCCUUUGAAACAUCAUUCUUGUCCAUAGGGAGGGUUCCCCAAACCCCGCAGGCUGUGCUCGCCAAGAGCUGGAUGAGUCCAUCCUGCAGCCCAUGCUUGGGAAAUGCAGGGCUCCCAGGCUUUCUCCUCCACCACACCUCCCUCCUAUCAGCGCUGCUCCCAGAGCCAGCCUGCUAUCGCCAGGGUAAUCGAAUCUGCAGGAGUUGGGGGUGUUUGUGCCCCAUGUCCCUGUGGGUGCCCUUGAUUUGUGUUUAUCCUUCAUCGCAGAGAGGGCAAAGCUUCCAGCAAACGAGGUUCUGGAAGCCUCUGCUCUGACAGAGGGGAUUGGGUUGGUUUGGUUUGUAUUGAGAGCCGGUGUCCUGGGUGUUUGGUUUGUGUGGGAAUAUUGGAUGGAGAAGGCGAAGGGAUAUUUGCAAUAAGGGCUCCAGGUUUGGAUCAUCAGGCUGGGGUGGGGGAAGGCUGCCCUCCAUGUCUUGGAAGCCGAAAUAGUGUCAGUUUCUUCUCAUGGGUAAGUGCUGGCUGGGAUGGGCCACCCCCUUCCUGCCACCCUCUCAUCCUCCUUGGGAUCGUCGGGAUUUCCUUCACUUGCUCCACUCUCCAAGCAAUAGUGGGGGACAAGGGACUGGAGCGACAGCAAGCCCAGGGUGAAUUCACCCCUCUCCUGUCCCUGCCAGCCUUGGGCCAUGUCCUGCUCUGUAGGAUCGCCGCAGUUCCCAGCCUAUCCCAGAGGGACCAAGCGGAUGUUCCUCAGGGGGUUUUAGCCCAGCUGCCAUGUUACAGGCUUUAUUCCUCCGCCAGUGUUGAAGGAGGAGGGUGGGUUUGAAGAGCCCCAUGUUCCGUGGCGGUGGCUUUGUCACCACCCUGCCCUGGCGCAGCGGGGCGGCGGAUGACGCCAGCGCUCCAUAGAGCAGCAUUGUUCAAAGCGCCCGGCCGCGGGCCAUGUCACCCUGCUCGCACAGACAGGGCUUCCUGCUGCCACCCCGGAGCCAUCCCCUGCACUCGGCUCCUCACCUCUCUGAAUCCAUAUGGGAUCGGGACACAGACGAUGAUGGGAGCCGGCGGAGCUGGUAUUGAUGCUGAGCUCGGUAAUGCUCGCCUGCUGUUGAGUGUCGGCACUGGCGACCAAGCAGUUCCUGGAGGAGAUCAACAAGUGGACGGGCCAGUACAAUGUGUCCCCGCUCUCCUGGAAUGUGGCCGUCAAGUUCCUCAUGGCCCGCAAGUUCGACGUCCUGCGGGCCAUCGAGCUCUUCCACUCCUACCGGGAGACGCGGCUGAAGGAGGGCAUCGUGAAGCUGAAGCCGCACGAGGAGCCGCUGCGCUCGGAGCUGCUCAGUGGCAAGUUCACCAUCCUGAGCGUGCGGGACCCCUCAGGAGCCUCCAUCGCCCUCUUCACGGCCAAGCUGCACCACCCCAGCAAGAGCGUGCAGCAUGUGGUGCUCCAGGCGCUCUUCUACCUGCUGGACCGAGCGGUGGAGAGCUUCGAAACGCAGAGGAACGGGCUGGUGUUCAUCUAUGACAUGGCAGGCUCGCAGUACACCAACUUCGAGCUGGACCUCAGCAAGAAGAUCCUCAACCUGCUCAAGGGAGCCUUCCCGGCCCGGCUCAAGAAGGUUUUCAUCGUGGGAGCGCCCAUGUGGUUCCGUGUGCCCUACUCCAUCAUCAGCCUGCUGCUCAAGGAGAAGCUGCGGGAGCGGGUGCAGAUGGUGAAGAUGUCGGAGCUGAAGGAGCACCUGCCCCGGGAAUGUCUCCCCGAGUACCUCGGGGGGUCCCUCAAACUGGACCCUCUGAGCUGGAACUGCCGGUUCCUGCCGCAGCAGAACGGGCACCCCGACCCCUUGGACGAGCUCAUCCUGGUGCCGCUGGCGGCCCCCAAAGACAACGGCUCCGUCCACGUCCCCGGGCCCAAGUCCGUCACGCUGCAGGAGCUGCUGGAUCACGUCAGCCACAAGCAGAAACGCGGCAUCUAUGAAGAGUACGAAGACAUUCGGCGCAGGAGCCCGGCGGGCACCUUCGUCUGCUCUUUGGCACCCUACAACCAGGAGAAGAACCGGUACGGGGACGUGCCCUGCCUGGACCAAACCCGUGUCAAGCUGGCGAAGCCGUACAGCCGCCCAGAGCAGCUGACUGACUACAUCAAUGCAAGCUUCAUGGAUGGCUACAAGCAGAGGAACGCUUACAUUGGGACUCAGGGGCCUCUGGAAAACACCUACGGUGACUUCUGGCGCAUGGUAUGGGAGCAAAACGUCCUGGUGAUCGUGAUGACGACCCGGCUGGAGGAGGGAGGCAGGAGGAAGUGCGGGCAGUACUGGCCCCUGGAGAAGGACACAAAGGUGUGCUUUGGGGCGCUGACCAUCACCAACCUGGGCGUGGAGAACCUCAACCACUACAAGAAAACCAUCCUGGAGAUCCACAGCUCGGAGACCAGGGAGCGGCGGCUCGUGUCUCACUUCCAGUACCUGAGCUGGCCGGAUUACGGCGUCCCCUCCUCUGCAGCCACCCUCAUUGACUUCCUGGGGGCUGUGAAGCAGCAGCAGCGGGUGGCGGUCAGCGCCCUGGGACCUCGCUUCAAGGGUCACCCGGGGGGACCCCCAGUCGUGGUGCACUGCAGUGCUGGCAUCGGCAGGACAGGUACGUUCUGCGCGCUGGACAUCUGCCUGUCGCAGCUGCAGGACGUGGGCACGCUCAACAUCUACCAGACGGUGCUGCGCAUGCGGACCCAGCGCGCCUUCAGCAUCCAGACCCCCGAGCAGUAUUACUUCUGUUACACCGCCGUCCUCGAGCACGCCCAGCGCGAGGGCCUCCUGCUCGCCAACCGCAGCUGGGCCGCCCCGGACAAGAGCUCGCCGGGACACUGAGACCCGCAGGACCCCCCUCCCCGUCCUCCCGGGGCUGCCGGAGCCGCCUCUGCGCCCACCGGGACCCAGCAGUGUGCAGGCAGCUGCCCCGCCAGCAGCAGGCACUGCCCAUCCGCGACCAUCAGCACUGCUGUCAAACUGUGCCUUAUCGAACCAAACGGUGGCUGUCGCUCACCGGGGGCAGAGGACGGCGCGGGAAGAGGCUCUCGCUCCUCCCCACGGUGUUUCUGUUGGGUGGUUGGUUGGUUGGUUGCGUGGGGAGGUGGUUUUUCUUCUCUUCGAGUUGUGUUCUUUUAUUUUAUUUUUUUUUUUUUUGGUGGGACCAUCUAAAAUGUAUCUAAGAGGGGCUUUGUAAAGCCCUAGGAAAUGUAUUUCCAGUCCUGCCCCUGCAUGGGGCUUAGGAAGAGGCGCCUACUUCAGUCUUACCUGCCACUACGUCUGUGUGUCUGUAUGUAUGUGUGUAUAUAAUAUAUCCACGCUGUGCCUGACCCCGGCUAUUAUAUAGAUACAUAUAUACAAGCACCCGUCCUCGCAGCUCCCGUGGGGCCCUCCUGUCCUGCCCUCUCACUGCUGUGAUCCCUGGAGCGGUGAGUUUGGGCCUGGCUCUGUCUUGUCUUCCUUUUGUUUCCCCCUUUCCUGCCUUCCCUGCUCCCCACAGGCAGCGCUGGGACCCGGUACCCCACGGGGAUGCUCGGCAGCAUCCCCCUCUUCCCUUGUCUCAUCUUCCCCAUCCUCAUCUCCCACUGGGAGACGGCAGCUCUGCUCCUGGGAGGAGGAUCUGGAGGACAUUGGCUGUGGGUUGGCUCCCCAGCGUCCCCUGCCCCUUGGGGCGUCACUAGGUACGAGGUGAUGGGGACAGACAGAGGGACGGAUGGGGUCCGACCGGCUCUCCGGGUUGCCGGCAGUGGGAACCCAGCCCUGUGGUGAGUCACGGGCUGGAAAAGCGCUGAGCACAAAGAGCCUGAGCCCUAGAGAGGUGACAGCCGAGGGCCGGGGAGCUGGGGCUGCAGCGCCUGCACCUCGGGACUUUAUACUGUAAUAAGCUCUUUGAAUGUGUAUAUUCUUAUUUUUUUAUAAUCUGGGGGGGGGGGGGGGUCGGGGUUUUUGGUUGGUUGGUUUUUGUUGGGGGUUUAUUUUUUUUGUAUUUAACAUUAACUUGAUCCAAGCCAGAGCCAGAAGUUAUUUGUAAAUGUUCCUAUUUUGCUCUCGUUCAGAGAAACAUUUUUGUUGUUGUUACUUUUUGGGGUUUGUUUUGAUUUGAUUUGUAUCGACCUAUAAAUAUACUACCAGUGACCAGGCCUCUCGGCUCUCGUGGUGGAGUCAGUCCGGCGCAGGAGAGGAGAGGGAAGGGAGUUAAGGGCUUUGUGGUCCCCAAAAUCAAGCUGGCCCCAUCCCUGGGGACGCAGCCACAUAGCAGUUUGGGGGGCACAGGGCUGUGCCGAGGGAUGUGCAUGGGGCUGGAGGGCUCAGGCCCUGGUCCUGGAUGAGGCCCUGUGGGAGAUAACCAGGCUGCAGGCAGCAUCCCUGGGCAGGCAGGAUAAGGGCAGGAGGGAAGGGACAAGCCCCCCUCCGUGUUCCUGCCUCUUUUCUCAUGCCCCAGAGCAUCAUCUCCUUCAAGCCUCCUUCAAGCUCCUGGCUUUUUGGAGCUGCCUCUUUGUGUAGUCCCGUUCU